CCGUUUCUUGUCCAUCUUGUGAAGCCAGCAGCAACAGCAGCAGCAGCAGCAGCAGCCCGCUGUGUUGUCAUACAGGCCUCCGCUCCGAGCGCAUUCACAUGUGUCUGUUCCCUUGUCUCGUCUCCUGCAGCUCGCCGUCGAGGCUUUAAAGCGCUCUGUCUGCAUACUGAGCGGCGGAAGAUCUCGCGAGAGCUCCGGCGGUCGCUCAGGCUGGCCGAGGCUUUGCAGCAGACAGAGGGAGAAGGCAGGCAGGCAGCAUCAUGGCGGACAGAGACAGUGGUAGUGAGCAGGGAGGAGCAGCCACGGGCCCAGGCUUCGGUUCCAUGCACCUAGCGACAGGAGGGGCGGGCACGGCUUCCGGGCUCCAGCACGAGACACAGGAGCUGGCGUCGAAGCGGGUUGACAUCCAAAACAAACGCUUCUAUUUGGACGUAAAGCAGAACGCGAAAGGCCGCUUCUUAAAGAUAGCAGAAGUCGGGGCCGGUGGAAACAAGAGCCGCCUCACUCUCUCCAUGUCCGUGGCGGUCGAGUUCCGAGACUACUUGGGGGACUUCAUCGAACAUUAUGCCCAGCUGGGUCCGAGCAACCCGGGACUGGUACAAGACGAGCCCCGGCGAGCACUCAAAAGCGAGUUCUUGGUUCGAGAAAAUCGGAAAUACUAUAUGGAUCUGAAAGAGAACCAGAGGGGACGGUUUCUGAGGAUUCGACAGACCGUUAACCGGGGGCCCGGUUUGGGAUCCACGCAAGGCCAGACGAUUGCUCUACCUGCCCAGGGACUUAUUGAGUUUCGUGACGCUUUGGCUAAACUUAUUGACGAUUACGGUGUAGAGGACGAACCUGCAGAGUUGCCCGAAGGGUCAUCAUUGACUGUGGACAACAAACGUUUUUUCUUCGACGUCGGAUCCAAUAAGUAUGGUGUGUUCAUGAGGGUAAGCGAGGUGAAGCCAACGUACCGCAACUCAAUUACGGUGCCCUACAAAGUGUGGUCCAAAUUUGGGAAUACUUUCUCUAAAUAUGCCGAGGAGAUGAAGAAGAUCCAGGAGAAACAGCGGGAGAAAAGGGCAUGCGAGCUGCAGCAACAAGAGGAGAUGCAGGCGGACGAUGGAGACGAGGAUUGAUAGAUAGCAAAAAAAAAGAAAAAAAACAUGCAAGAGUAAUGAAAAUAACAAGAG